UGUAGGUAAAAAGAAUGAAAAGUAUUUUUCUUGUAAAAUAUCCACCUCACAGUUUCAUCUCAGUCAUGCUGGAAUACUGUAAUUGCUGUGUUGUAGUUGUUGCUAUGGUGAUGUCAGUCAGAAUGGCUCCUCCUCUUCCUGUGAUCUUUCUCCUCAUGAUUCACAGUGAUGAAAAAAGUUGGGGUGUGAGUUACAGUCCUUCACACAUCUGUGCACUAAAGAACUCAUCAGUGAUAAUGAGCUGCACUUAUACAUACCCUACUGGAUAUAAGAUCAAGAAAGUGUUCUGGACCAAAAAACGCAUAGACCCUCCAGAUCUGUCUGAGGAUCCUGAAUACAGUCAGAGGCUUCAGUAUCUGGGAGACAAACAGCAGAACUGCACCAUCAGACUGAGUCAUGUGACACAGAAGGACCAACACAUGUACUGUUUCAGAUUAAUCUCUGAUAAACCUGAUGGAAAAUGGAUUGGUUAUCCAGGAGUGACUCUUAAUGUCACAGAUCUUCAGGUGGAGGCUCCUGAGAGAGUGACGGAGGGUCAUAAUGUCCGUCUGACAUGUAAAAGCAGCUGCACUCUGACUGACAGAGCAACAUUCAUCUGGUACAGAAACUCACAGCCAUUAACUGAGAGAAGAGACAGAAACAAUCAACUCCUGCUGCAGUCAGUCAGAAGAGAGGAUGCAGGCAGAUACAGCUGUGCUCUACAUGGACACACUUACAUCUCUCCUGCUGCUCAGCUCAAUGUCUCCUAUGCACCAAAGAGUGUCUCAGUGUCCAUCAGUCCAUCUGGUGUAAUAGUGGAGGGAGAUUCAGUGACUCUGAUCUGCAGCAGUGAUUCAAACCCUCCUGCAGAAAUCAGCUGGUUUAAAGGAGGAACAUCUGUAGGAUCUGGAAGAAUCUACAGCAUCUCAAAGAUCAGCUCUGAUCACAGUGGAGAAUACAAGUGCAGAUCCAUCAAUGAACAUGGAGGGAAAUACUCCGAUGCUGUAAAUUUAAACAUAAUGUACCCUCCAAAGAACGUCUCAAUGUCCAUCAGUCCAUCUGUAAUAGUGGAGGGAGAUUCAGUGACUCUGAACUGCAGCAGUGAUUCAAACCCUCCUGCAGAAAUCAGCUGGUUUAAAGGAGAAACAUCUGUAGGAUCUGGAAGAAUCUACAGCAUCUCAAAGAUCAGCUCUGAUCACAGUGAAGAAUACAAGUGUAGAUCUAUCAAUGAACAUGGAGAGAAAUACUCUGCUGGUCUGACUUUAAACGUCAUGUACCCUCCCAGGAACGUCUCAGUGUCUAUAAAUGGAGCAGGUGUAAUAGUGGAGGGAGAUUCAGUGACUCUGAUCUGCAGCAGUGAUUCAAACCCUCCUGCUCUGAACUUCAGCUGGUUUAAGGAGAAUCAAAGCUCAUCUGUUGGAUCUGGACAGAGUUUCAGUGCACUACAGAGUGGACGCUUCUACUGUGAGGCUCACAAUCAACAUGGAUCUCAGAGAUCAGACGCUGUUACUGUCACUGUUAAAGGUGGACAUAAUACAGUCCUGUACGCAGCUGUAGUGAUUGCAGUCGGAUGUGGAGUUUUAUUUCUUAUCUGCAUCAUUAUAUUCAUGAGGAAGAGACAAGGAAGUGCAGUGUCAGACGCAAGGCAGAUUCAGCUUGAUGACGAUCAUCUGUAUGCCAGAGUUUCUGCCAACAGAACAGAUCAGACUGCAGGAAAGACUCCUGAAUCCACAGAUACUAUAAACUACUCAAACAUCCAAUACAUCAGAAACGAUGAAAGCAAUUAUGAGAAUCUGAGAAUGAACCAUCCUGAUUCAGCUGUGGGAGCCGUUGUGAUGAUGCAUAAAUCAGUGAUUUACAGCACAGUCAAAUGAUCCAGGUCCCGUCCAGUGGAUUGUAAAUGUAAACUCCACCAAAUGUUUAUAAUAGUGAUUUAAUU